UCGUUGUCUAAACUUGCUGUCUGACAUAUGCCAGAAAGAACAAAAGAAGCAGCUGGGACGGUACUUACCAGCUAAAUUACUUUUACAUGUUCGACUCCAGCCCGUGGUGUAGUUUAUAUGCUAUAAGUUUGGGAACGCGCGAGGCUGCAGAUUGAGGACAGGCCCCACUCGUUCUGCUCACUUCACUCAGGAAAAUAGCGGACCCGAGGCGUGAAUGGUCGAAUACGGUGCCACGGCCGACUCGGACUUCUCACCACCAGUCUUUGUCGGCUGCCUCCCCCUCCAAAUCCACCCGAACAGUCUGCCAACCCAACAGUCGAGCCCGAACCUGCCGUCCCGAGGCCACACCGACCACGCCUUGUCCGGACUCUGGAGCGUCGGGGCGCAUUGGGCUGUAGUUGACUGGCUGACCGGCAGCGCACUUGCCUGCCCACACGACACACGACACACGACGCAACCCCUCGUGCCGCCGCGGCCAAGCCGGCCUCUGUGUAUCACGGUCUCUAUCUGAGCCGUUCCCGAGGAUCCAUUGCCGUUGCCGUACCCGGGGCUCCUCCCGCACACGCCAUAAUGUCGCCUUCACAACCCCUCAGCACGAGGGAUAACAACCUCCUGCGCACCGUCGUCCGAAACUUCGAGGACAAGCAGUACCGCCGCGGGCUCAAGGCUGCCGAGCAGAUCCUCAAGAAGAACCCCAAGCAUGGCGACACCAUGGCCAUGAAGGCCCUGAUCAUGAACGCUCAGGGCAAGACCGAGGAGGCCUUUGUGCUGGGCAAGGAGGCCGUGUCGGUCGACAUGAAGUCGCACGUGUGCUGGCACGUCUACGGCAUGCUCUACCGCACCCGCAAGAACUUUGACGAGGCCAUCCGCGCCUACAAGUUCGCCCUGCGUCUCGAGCCCGACUCGUCCCAGAUCCAGCGCGACCUGGCCAUCCUGCAGAUCCAGAUGCGCGACUACCCGGGCUACAUCCAGACCCGCCUGCAGAUGCUGCAGGCCCGCCCUCAGCAGCGCCAGAACUGGACCGCACUGGCCCUGGCCCACCAGCUCGCCGGCAACCUGUCCGAGGCCGAGAGCACGCUGACCACGUACGAGGAGAGCCUCAAGGUUCCCCCUGCUCGUGCUGAUUUUGAGCACUCCGAGGCUGUCAUGUACAAGAACACCGUCAUUGCCGAGACGGGCGAUACCCAGCGCGCCCUCGACCACCUCGAGUCCAUCGCCAAGAACGUGCUCGACAAGCUGGCCGUCAUGGAGGCCCGCGCAAACUACCUGACCAAGCUCGGCAGGAAGGACGACGCCAUCAAGGCCUGGCGCGCCCUCCUGGACCGCAACCCGGACCACGAGGAUUACUACCUCCGUCUCAUGGACGCCAUGGGCAUCGACGACGCAGAUGUUGCUGCUAAAAAGGCCAUUUUUGACGAAUACGUCCAAAAAGCUCCCCGAUGCGACGCCGCCCGUCGGCUACCUCUGAACAUUUUGACCGGCGACGAGUUUAAGGCUCAUGCAAGGGAAUAUCUCACUUCUAUGCUUAACAAGGGUGUUCCAUCUACGUUUGCCAACCUCAAACACUUGUACUCAGACUCAUUUAAGAAGACGGCACUGCCGCAGCUCGUUGGGGAGUACCUGGCAGCGCAUGGCGAGGCUGGUGCCAACGGCGACUCCUCCAAGGGCAAGGCGGCGGCUCUCUACUUUAUGGCCCAGCACUAUAACUACCACCUCAGCCGUGACCUGACCAAGGCUAUGGAGUACGUGGACAAGGCCAUCGAGGUUGUGCCCAGUAGUGUCGAUUUCCACAUGACCAAGGCCAGGAUAUGGAAGCACCAUGGCAACACGGCAAAGGCCGCCGAGAUCAUGAACCAGGCACGCGAGCUUGACAAGAGAGAUAGGUACAUCAACACAAAGACGGCAAAGUACCAGCUGCGCAACAACGAGAACGACAAGGCGCUCAAGACGAUGGCUCUCUUCACCCGGGCCGAGACCCCUGGCGGCCCGCUCUCGGACCUCCUCGACAUGCAAUCGGUGUGGUUCCUGACGGAGGAUGGCGAGGCCUACGCCCGCCAAGGCAACCUUGGGAUGGCCCUUAAGCGCUUCCACGCCAUCUUCACCAUCUUCGACAUAUGGCAGGAGGACCAGUACGACUUUCACACCUUCUCGCUCAGGAAAGGCCUGAUCAGGGCCUAUGUCGAGAUGAUCCGGUGGGAGGACCACCUCCGGGACCACCCCUUCUACUCGCGCGUAGCCCUGGAUGCCGUCGCGCUGUAUGUGGACAUGCACGACGGCCAGGUCGGCACCUCAUCCUCAAACGGCGUCAACGGGAACGCCGCAGACGGAGCCGACGCCGGCGGCGAGGAGACGGCAGCGGCGGAGAGGAAGAAGGCCGCCAAGAAGGCCAAGAAGGAGCUCCAGAAGGCUGAGCGCGAGGCCCAGGAGAAGACGACAAAGCAGGACCCCAACAAGCCAGGCCAGAAGGGCAAGCAGACAGACGCCGAGGCGGCCAAGAAGAAGGACGAGGACCCACUAGGGCUCAAGCUUGCGGCGACCAAAACGCCGCUGGACGAUGCCGUCAAGUUUCUUCUGCCGCUACUCCAGUUCAGUCCCAAGAACAUUGAGGCGCAGCUUGCCGGCUUCGAGGUGUACAUCAGGAGAAACAAGUACCUGCUCGCGCUGGGCUGUCUGAAUGCCGCACGGGCUUUGCAACCCGACCACCCCAGAGUGCACGAGCAGUCGAUCCGGUUGCGCAGCGCCCUCAACUCGGCCCGCGAAUCGCUCCCAGCCAAGGUGACCGAGGUCAUGGAGGCCGAGUUCACGACCGUGCCGGUUUCGGCGGACCUGGCCAAGCUCAACGCCGAGUUCCGGGCGGCGCACGCCGACAGCCCCGCGCACGUGCUCGCCGCCAUCCGCGCCGCCAGGGCCAUCGGUGAGAGCGAACGCAAGGAGGCCGACAAAGACGUGGCGUCGGUCCUCGACCUGGCGUCCCUGACCCUGUCGGACGCCGAGAGUGUCGUCGGCACGCUCAAGAGCUGGCGGAGCGCCGAGGUGGACGCGGCCAAGGCGGCCGCCCAGGUGAAGUUCCCCGACGCGACCAUAUUCUCAUGAUGACGUCUGGUGCUUGUGUUUUUGUCCCGCCUUGGGGCCGAGAGGGCCUCGGCGUCACGCGUCGCGCCUUGUCCCUUUCUCUCUCUGCCUCUGUCUCUAGGGUUUAGAGUUGCCGUCUACCUGAACUGACCCAAGGGGGUUGAGGCAUUUGCUUCCGUACAUCUUUGUCAUGGCUGGGACGGAAUUGGGAUCGGGUGGCAGGCCCCUGGGGCGGUUGGACGGACGGUGCAACAUGAAUUGGAAACAUGGGAGUCAAGCGCAAACAAAAGUCGGCUUUGAGAAAAGUACUGCAUCGGGAAGAUUUAGGUGUACUCGAGAUUCUGAGAAGCAAUUGUUGGCACUCGCAAUGUCUUUUGCCCAUGUACCCCAGGCAGGAUGGCAAAAGGAUC